CCCGCCGCGCUGGCCGCCGCCCCGUGGUCACGUGAAGCCGAGCGCAGCUGGGCCUCCGCUGGCCCGGGAGGGCAGAGUCCGCCCGGGCGGCCGCUCGCCUGCUCAUCCCUGCCCUGCGCGCCGCAAGGCGAUGCCCGGGAUCCAGCCCGGUUCGGGGGCGCAGCGCUUGCGCCCCGAGCCCCCAGAGGAGCUGCCGGCCCAGGAGAGCCUUCUCCUGGCGGCCGCCUAUGUUUCUGAUGCCCAGUACAACAGAAAUGUCCCCUUCCAGACGUCCCCUCAAGCCAUCAGACUUUACUGUUUUUAUAACCACUGGACAAUGCGGUUGGCCACGUACCUCUUCAUCUGCGUGGACCUCUCUCUGGCCCUGUUCGAGGCGCCUGCGCUGUUCCCGCUGCCUUUCGUGGCCACCGCCUUAGCAGAAGUGAUCUGCCUGGCUGCGUUCUCUGCGAGGCUGGUGCACUUUGCGAAAGUCACUGCUCAAAUGGUUUUUUGGAAGGAUACGAAGAACAUCUGCAUCAUGGUAACCAUCGUGGUGACCUUGAUUGACCUCAUUGUCUAUGGGUCCCUGGAGGCCUUUCACGUCCACAGCGUGCGAUGGACAAGGGCCCUGAGGCCGGUCUUCCUCAUUAACUUCCCUGAAAGUCGCCAGAUCCGCAGGGCUUUCCGGAGCCUCCGGAACACCCUGCCCGACAUCCUAUACGUCUUUCUCCUGUUCCUGUUCAGCGUGCUAAUGUUCUCCCUGAUGGCUUUGAAACUUUUUGGGGAUAGGGGGCUGAAAACAGCUGAAGGAGCUCCUUACUUCACGAAUAUUCUGGAAAUAGCGUUUGAGCUCUAUGUGCUGGUCACUACAGCCAACAAUCCCGACGUCAUGAUGCCUGCCUAUAACUUCAACUGGUGGUAUUCCCUGUAUUUCAUAACCUACAUCAUCAUCAAUACCUACAUCUUCAUGUCUGUCUUUCUGGCUGUGGUGUACAACAACUACAGGAAGCACUUAAAGAAUGAGAUUCGCAAACUGGCAUACUUGAAACGUCACAAAAUGAUAGAGGCGUUUGACAUUCUGAAAGUCAAGGUGGGCACUGAGUUUGUGGUAAAGGAGGCCACGUGGAAGCAGCUGGCCAAGGCGGUGGCACCAGACAUCAGCAGCUCCCACCUGGAGCUCCUGCUGAGGAUCUCCGACGAGGGACAGCAGGGGUUUGUGGACAAAACGAACUUUCUCCGCCUGGCUGACCUCCUCAACAUCCAGGUGGUCACCGUCAACCUCAGGAGGCACCCACUGGAAGCGUGGGUGCCUCAGGUCUACCAGUGUUCCCUGAGCCUCUUGGUCCAGAGAGUGGUUCGGCACAGGGCUUUUGUCUGGGCGUAUGAUGUCAUCAUCCUGAUCAAUGCCAUAUUCAUUGCUCUGGAUGAGAAACACCCCUUCAUUUCCUAUGCUGAGUGGCUCUUCCUGGCUCUCUACAUUGUUGAGAUCCUCCUGAAACUUUACACGUACGAACCCAGAGCCUAUUUUGGAAGGAAGCAGUUCUGGAACUGGUUUGACACACUGAUCAUCAUUGCAGCUCUGGUGGCCACUGUGGCCAAUGCCACCGUUCAGUCAGCAAGAAAAUACAACAGUCGGCAGAUCCUGGAUAUUGUCUUGAUCCUGAGGAUACUCCGGCUUCUCAGGGUCAUCAUCAGCAUUGAGAGGUUCCGGGUGAUAGUGACAACUUUGAUUAACAUCGGCCCCACGAUGCUGACCUUUGGCGGGCUUGUCUUUGUGGUCUACUACGCAUUUGCUGUCAUCGGGAUGGAAAUGUUCCAUGGCAAAAUCCAGUUCUUUGACCCAAAUUCCACAUCUCCUGAUGCCCUGGUGUGUGGAAACCCGGCCCUAAAGGGAUCAGCAUUUGCCCGAGACAGGUACUGCAAGAACAACUUCAACGACCUGGCCUCAUCCUUCGUGGUGCUGAUGGAGCUCACAGUGGUGAACCAGUGGCAUGUCCUUGCAGGGGGCUUUGCCCUUGUGACUCACCAGGCGGCAAAGCUGUACUUCAUCCUGUUCCACAUCGUGGUCGUCAUUCUCAUUGUGAAUAUUUUCAUAGCAUUCAUCUUGGAGGCUUUCUUUGUGGCGUAUUCAUUAGGAAAGAGUGAGAUAGAAACUGCCAUCGAGAAGAAGAUUCAAGAGCUCGGAGUAGGAAUCCAAGAGGAAGAUGUGGAGGACUGGAAGCUCAUUCGUAACACGGGCGCCAGGGAUUCUGCCUUUAGUGGGAGUGAUGGUGACCACAGAAUAAAGGCCUCGGAAGGACUGUACUUCAGAAUUGCAUCAAAAAAAUACCGGACUGUGGAUGCCUUACUGCAGCGAAUGUUCGAAUCUGAAAUUGCUUCCAGUGAUGAAGGCCCCUCCUUGGAAGAGAUUCUGAACUUCUCACCUAGUGACAUAUAUCCCAAGAAUCCCAAUUUUGAAAACAGUGCAUAAUUCUGAAUUUGUCAUGGUCUACAUCUGGAAAACAAGAGACGCUGUAUCUUUUUUUUUUUUUUUUUUUUUUUUCCUUCAUAUGCUAGCUGGCGGUGACUUUUCCAGCCUGGGCUCCCUUUUCUGAGCAGAAAAGGCUGUGAAUUGGCCUUCUUUGUCCUCAGUGGUCAGAUGCCUGGUAUAGGAAGGCCACUGCCCUGUGCCCUACCUUGGAGUUACUCAUAGGUCUGGUCUGGAGGGUCCACAACUGGAAACCAAAUAAGCUGCAUCUUUUUGUUUUCAUAUACUAGCUGGAGAUGACUUUUCCAGCCUGGGCUCCCUUUUGUGACCAGCUAAAUCUGUGACUCAGCCUUACCUGUCCCACGUGGUCAGCAGCGUGGAUCAAGAAGGUCACCACUGUGUACCCCGCUUGGGGAGUGAUCCUUAGGUCAGGCCACAGAAGUAAGGAUGGGCAAGCUGCUGAAGGGAUUGUGCAGAGUGCUUGUCCUAUACAUGUCUAUGCAUGUGUGAAGACUUCCCAGAGGGUAUAUAAAAGCUUUUCAUUCAUUUUUAUAUUUUACCAUUCUAUUAAACCUAUACUGUGCUACAAUGUUAUAUGAAUUACAAAUAUUUGAAAAAUGACAA